GUGGGAGGCAGGAGGAGGGACCGUGACGAAGCACCGUGCGCACGUGCUGAAGAAGGACCCGAAGCUUUCUUAAUGCCGCCGGACGCGUUUUGUUUGUUUGUUUGUGUGCGUGCGCGCGCGCGCGAGUGUGUGUGUGGUGUGGCUGUGUGUGUGUGUGAGGAGUUUAAAGCAGUCAUAACAAAAACUAAAUAAAACCCGCACAAAAAUCCACAGAAAAAGCCACUGAAACACCGCACCGAGAGAAGCUCGCGCGCGCAUCACGGGCUUAAUCACCGGAGUCGCUUUAAGGUGUUCAGGCGGAGUAUGCAGUUGGAGAGUCUGCUGCCCAGCUUACCCAAGACUUUCUACACGCUCUCAUCUUCAUCAUCUUCAUCAUCUUCAUCGUCCGACAGCACGAGCCCGGGAUCCACGCACACGCACGCGAGCACGCACACGAGCAGCGCACACAGCUUCCCCGAAGCGGACCGGACCGAGCACGAGCCUGAACCGGGUAAGAAGUACCGAUCCGCCAUGAUGAUGAGCAGCAGCACGAGCGCCAGCACCGGAACCACCACCGCCACCGGAGCAGAGCGCGAGGGAGAUGAGUUCUCCACCGGAAGUAAGAGCAGGAAGAGUUCUCCGGUGAUUGGAGGAGGAGGAGGAGGAGCAGCAGCAGAGGAGGAUGAAGAGCUCGUGACCCGGCGCUACGGUAUGGAGGAGCUCGGUACCGAGCGCUAUUUCAUCUCGCCGAGCUCGGACGCGAGCGCGUGCUCGUUGUUUCCGUACGGCGCGCAGGGCGGCUCGGUGUACGGCGGCGCGGGCGCGCGCUACUCCUCACCUUACUCCUCCGCCGCCUCGGUGCUCGCGCCUCCGCCUCCUCCUCCUCCGCCGCCUCCGCCGCCUCCACCGGGCGCCGUGUGCAGCUCACGCGCUCAGCUCGCGCCUCCAACCGCCGCUUAUCAGUUCGGACAGGGGCCCGCGUGCCUGUACCCGUCAUACCACCCCGGGCUCGCGGUGGGCAGGGCUCAGGUGUACCUGUGUAACCGCGCGCUCUGGCUCAAGUUCCACCGCCAUCAGACCGAGAUGAUCAUCACCAAACAGGGCAGGCGCAUGUUCCCGUUCCUGAGCUUCAACAUCGCGGGGCUGAACGUGAGCGCGCACUACAACGUGUUCGUGGAGGUCGUGCUCGCGGACCCGAACCACUGGCGCUUCCAGGGCGGGAAAUGGGUCACGUGCGGGAAAGCGGACAACAACAUGCAAGGAAAUAAGAUGUACGUGCACCCGGAAUCGCCGAACACAGGAGCGCACUGGAUGAGGCAAGAGAUUUCAUUCAGCAAGCUGAAACUGACCAACAACAAGGGCGCAAACAACAACAACACCCAGAUGAUCGUCCUGCAGUCUCUCCAUAAGUAUCAGCCGAGGCUGCACAUCGUGGAGGUGAGCGAAGACGGGGUGGAGGACAUGAGCGGCGAGUCCAAAACUCAAACUUUCACUUUCCCUGAAAACCAGUUCAUCGCAGUUACUGCUUACCAGAACACAGAUAUCACACAGUUAAAGAUCGACCACAACCCGUUUGCUAAAGGCUUCAGAGAUAACUAUGACUCGAUGUACACAGCUCCGGAGAGUGAUCGAUUGACCCCGUCCCCCACCGACUCUCCUCGUUCACACCAGAUCGUCCCGGGAGCACGUUACGCCAUGCAGCCUUUCUUCCAGGACCAGUUUGUGAAUAAUCUCCCUCAGAAUCACCGUUUAUACGGCGGCGAACGCGCCGUGCCGCAGACCAACGGCCUCCUGUCUCCUCAGAGUGACGACUCGUCCAUCUCCGCAUCAUCCUCGUCCUCCGCAGCUCAGCGGUGGUUCGUCACGCCCGUCCAGCAGAACGAGACCGAUUACUCCGUCCUUCCUUACGGCAUCAAGCCUCUCCCGCUUCAGAGCCCGCACUCGUUUGGUUAUUACCCAGAAUCCUCUGCUUUUGCCUCGAUCUCAGCUGGCUGGAGUGGCGGGAGAAGUUCCUACCAGAGGAAAAUGGCUGCCGGUCUGCCUUGGUCGCCUCGUCCGAGUCCGCCUUCCUUCUCUUUUCCUGAAGAUCCUCUCACGACGACGACGAUAACGACGAGCGCUAAAGAUAAGCUGCAGGAUGAAGGAACGGCGGUUACUGCGGGGGCUGGAGGAGUCUGGGGUCUCGAAGCGGCCUCAAAUUUGAAGCCGUUGGACAAAUUCGAUGCGCCCUACGCCAUGGUGUGUAAAAGACGACGUCUCUCGUCGGGCACCGACGCCUCGCCGACCAUAAAGUGUGAGGACGUGACGAGCGACGAGUACGGAAAAGAGCAGCCCAAAAGCUACUACGCCUUUUACACCAGCCCUUAAAUGAAUAUUUUUCUCGGGGUUUCUCUCUAUUGCGCCAUUCCCCUCGUUCUGCUAUUUUAAAGUGCUUUUAAAAUCUUUUUAUUAUUAUUAUUAUUUUUUUUAUUUUAAACGCAGGUGCCAAAGCUCUGUGCUUCUUAUCGUGAUCCUGAUUUUCAUUUUUGACAUUUUGUGAAAGAUGGGGAUUGAUUUAUUUUCCUUUUAUCUUUUUAAAUAAUCUGCUGUUUUUAAUUUUCUUUUCUAUUUUAAACAUAGAUAUAUAUUAUAUAUAAAAUCAGUGUGAUGGGUUUUUUCCCUUUGCCCUCUCCCCUUUAAUUUAAGAUCCUUUGGUUGUACAGUAUUUGUGCACUUUAGAUUGUGACGUAUCUUGUAUAAAUUGUCUACAUGGCACUGGUAUGAGACGUGUAAUAAAAUGUGCUUUUCAUAAAGUU